UAUAUAUAAUAGAAGAUUGUCCUGUUGCAAACGAAGUAGCAGAGAGCCACACAGUGAGCAGCAGCAGCAGCAGCAGAGAUGGUGGGGAGCCUGAACCUGCAGGAGGUGACUGGACCUUUGGUGGAGCCCAAACGUAUGGGAGAGAGGGUCUUAGACAGCCCUGACUCUGGGCUUCCCCCCAGUCCCAGCCCCAGCCCCAGUGUGUGGCUGCCCUGUCCGGGACAUCCCGAGAGCCGACUUGGGGCCACUCUGUUGUUGGAGCAAGAGGACAACAACAACAACAACACCACCACCACCACCAUCAGCAGAGGAGGAGGACAAGCUGCCCAGACGGGCGCUCAGUUCACUUCCCCCUUCUUAGUCACAGGCUUUGGGCCCCGACUCUAUCCUCUGUCAUUUGGAGAAGGGGUGGAAGUUGAUCCGCUGCCACCAAAGGAGAUCAGGUACACCUCCUCGGUGAGGUACGACUCGGACAGGCACUAUAUCGACAACGUGUUCCUGCCGUUAACCUUUGGAAUCGCUUCCUGCAGCCAGACAGUCGUCUGUGUCCCCAACUGCACGUGGCGGAGCUACAAGACCGAGCUGAGAUUUCAACCGCGACUCAAACCUCUGCGAUUCCUGAGCACCACCAUUGUGUAUCCCAAGUGCGCAAAGACUGUCUACACCACCACCGUGGAUUACAACUGCAGGAAAGCAGCGAGGCGAUUUCUGUCCAGCGUUGAACUCGAGACGACGGAAUACAACGGCAGUGAAUUGGUCCUUCGAGAUGACCAGUGACUGAAACAACAAAUACUGUGUCGUGCUUUUUGUUCGAAGAAGAAAGAAUAUUCUUUUGAAUCCUCGUCUGCAGUCAUUCUUUAAACUGUCCAAUUGCUUCUUAACCUGUUCGAGACUCAAUUUCUUUUUGCUCCUUGCAACAUAGCCUACAUUAAACCACCACGGGGAUAAAGUUAGCAAUUUCAUUUUCAAAAGUUAACACCGUUAACAUUUAAGCAGGAAAUUAAACCACGAGGGAAGUUUUUCUAUUAAUUUUUUUUGGGGAAUGAAUAAAGGAUUUACAGUCUGUGCACAGACUGGACAUGGUGUCGAGAUGCAAGCUAUCCGGCUCCAGUUCAUCUGUGGGGAUCUCCGAUCUGAAACUAUCCAGGACCGAACACUGAAUGUCGGUUAUUUUCUUUAAGGACUUAAAUGGUUGCACAGGGUUGUAUGCAAAGUGCAUUCUGGCUAAAGAUGCAAGCGUGACAUUUGCCCAUUCCAACCUGGGCCAAGACGUGCGUAGUACAGAGUUGCUGGGUGAAGCAGCGAUUACGACCCUCUUGUAUGUGGGAUGGGAUGCCAGAACGAUAGUGGGCAAGAAGCUUCAUCGGAGUAUCGAGAUUUCACGUCGGUUGUAAUUCUGUAUACAGUAUCUUUACUGCUCGUUUCUGUGUAAAUGGUAGUGAACAAUUUCUUCCAAUGCACGCCAGUUCAGUUAAGCGUACCUGUUAUUUCUCAACUAGUGGGACAUCGAGAGCGUAUCGGUUCUCAACGUGGCUCAUUCCUGGCGUUUCUGACAUCGCCCCCUGAUGCUUACCGUACAGUAUUUGAUACAUCCUAACUGGCUGACAAUCCUUUAAAUGAGAUAUUUGCCUUUAAUUAUGGGACCUUGCAGUGUGUAUGCCUGCAACAAAAAAAAAUAGCCCACUGAAAGGUGCGUGUAGUUAAGUAAAGUGUAUGCUUUUGCGCAGAUGCACGCACGUGACUAGGGCAACCCAUUAUUUGUCGAAGGGUUAAUGUACAUUUCGAAAGGUCUAAUCUUCCUCAAUCGAAAGGAGCAGUCCACCUUAACCAACCCAAAAGGCAGGUAGCAAAUGCAGUAAACAGAAUGAUUCUGUGUGAUUUCCCAGUACAACCAAACUGCAAGGAACAGUUGGCAUUGGAGGCCAGGGGGGAGGUGCGUGGUGACUCUUCACUGUACAAAAUGCAUAAUCUCUCAAUCGCGGACUGCACCUAUUUAAAAUGUGUCCUGGUUUUGGCUCCAUGACGUAUAUGCUCUGUUGAAGUAGGUGCUGGAAGAAUAUGUUGGAACUCUCCACACCCCCCACCCCAAAGAAAAAAGUUUCCAAAAACUUUGCGUGUGCCACGCCUUCAAUUCAUUGAAACACUCCGAGUUUUGGUUUCUACAAAUGGUGAUGUGAUGGGACAGAAUUCAGUUCUCCUUUCAAUCGAUGUUUACAAAACUGAGGCAUCUCACAGCUUCUGCGUUGCUCGAUUGGAAAUUGCAGCUUGUUUCAUAAGAGGCAGCUUUAUAAUUUUAAAAACUAGUAUAUCCAUGGUUGGUAUGGUUAGAGUGGACUGCUCCUUUAAUGACCAUCCGGCUUUUAAACGUGAGUUGCGAUUGGCAAUGCAGCGUUUGCAAACCAUUUGGCAAUUCUUUCUAAGCCACUUUAAAACUACUAAAAGCACUUGUAAGGUUUUUCUUUUAAGAGUUGUGGCAAGGCUUCCUCUUAGCCCUUUUAUAUGAGGGAUUAGACAGACCAAAGAAGGAAGAAGAGGCUUCUGCUACUAAAGCACUUGUUCGGAACAUGGUUCAAUGGAAGAUUGUAAGAAGUUUGCACGAAUAUCCCGGCUCAGCCAAGCAGCUAUAGCAAUACUGUGGUGGCCUAGCAAUGAAUUGCGAGCUGGAUAAAUAAAUGCGCUAUGAAUAUCCAGUGGCCUGUAGUUGUAUAAUAAUUCAGCUAAACAUUUUGUGGGACCCAAUGACAUUGUAGGCCUUUACAUUCUGGUCCCGCGUUGAAAAGAAAAAUAAUUGCAAGUGUGUUAUUUGAAAGCUACCUGAGCACAUGCCAGUUAGAAUCGCACACAGGUUAUUCAGUCCAUCGUACCGGUGCCAGCUCUCUUUCAGAGCUAUCUGUCAAGUCCCACUCACCCCACAUUUACCUUUUUAUGCUUUUUCCCUUCAAUUUGUAUGGCGGUUUAAAAACAAAUUGCCUGUGAUUCUCACUGAAUGGGAUACUCAAGAUAAAAGUUCUCUUUUCAAACAAAAUACCACCCCUCCCUCCUUCCCCCCCCCCUCACUUUCCAAACGGUUGUGUGUUAAGUUAAACAGAAAAAAUUCAACUCAAUGGGCUGCAGGUUUCCGAUGGAAUCGUUUGGGCUUUGUUAUUGUCUUUCAAACGUGAUGCGAUAGAGAUGACCCAACUUGUCUGAAGUCUGCUUCUGUUGAUUGGACAGGUCUCUUAAUAGUGUGUUCGAUGGAACAAGUUGAAGUGAUGGUUUAAGUGAUUAAACGGACAGCGGAGGAGAAGUGGAAGUAGAUUGUGCUGGUUUCCUUCCCUAGUUUUAUCAACCUGUCUCUUGCAGACAGGUUAAAGGGAGGAACUCCUGCUUGGGAUCCAAGGUAACAUGGGGGACGAUGGACAAUUGCAAGUUUUUUUUUUAAAAAAAGGGAAAGCGAGCAAGCUAAGGUGGUUAUGUAAAUGUUGCAAUUUCUACACAUGUAUUGUGUGAAUGGAAAUUAGUGAUUCACGUGCAAAUAAUAAAUAAAUUUGAUUUUGGUA